ACGAAGAAGCAAGAACACGAAGAAGACGAAGACGUCAACUCCGUAGACAUGAGAAGAGCAGAGGGAGGCUGUAGAUAUGUGAUUGUGGAUUAGCCGGCUGCUUAGCUCAUCAAAUGUUAGCGGGAACCGGAUGAGCUGAAACGUGAUUUUACAGGUGGUGUAUGCGUUUGUGUCACUGAAACUAGCCUGGCAGAGUGGAACUGAGAAAACCAGCCUGACUCUGCCACCAUGUUGGAGGAGGACAUGGAAGUGGCCAUCAAGGUGGUCGUGGUCGGCAAUGGAGCUGUUGGCAAAUCCAGCAUGAUCCAACGUUACUGCAAGGGCAUCUUCACUAAGGACUACAAAAAGACUAUUGGAGUGGACUUUCUGGAAAGGCAGAUACUCGUAAAUGACGAAGAGGUCCGACUAAUGCUGUGGGACACUGCUGGACAGGAGGAGUUUGACGCUAUAACCAAGGCCUAUUACCGCGGUGCUCAAGCAUGUGUGCUAGUCUUCUCUACCACAGACAGGGAGUCGUUUCAGGCCAUUGACAGCUGGAGGGAGAAGGUGGAGGCAGAGGUCGGAGAUAUUCCCACGGUUCUAGUGCAGAACAAAAUUGACCUGCUGGAAGAGACUGUUAUAAAAAACGAGGAGGCAGAAGCUUUGGCUAAAAGGCUGAAGCUGAGAUUUUAUCGAACUUCGGUAAAAGAGGACCUGAAUGUGAAUGAGGUUUUUAAGUACUUAGCUGACAAAUAUCUUCAGCGGCUCAAACAGCAAACGGCAGAGGAAACGGAGGUCAUUCACUCAACAAGCAAUAAAAUAGGUGUUUUUAAUACCACAAGUAGUAAUGUCAGCAACCAGAGCUCCAGCAACGGCAGAGAAGUCAUCACUUUGCGACCUAACAAGCAAAGGACAAAGAAGACUAAAAAUCCCUUCGGGAGCUGCAGCCUACUCUAGAUAAAAUCAUUUCAUUUUAGUGACUGACUAUUGUUUCUGAGGCUAGAUUGGUUAUUGUUGUAUUCUGUGGAGGUAGCCACACUUAGACACCAAAGUCCUUGCUGACUGGGAAGUACUACUCGAUACCACUUAUAACCUGAUGCUUAAUCUGAACCUUAAAUUGUUUCUGAAUUUCCUUUGGUUCAGCCUCGAAUCUCCAUUAUUGAUCUGCGCACAAAACCUGUCAACGUUUGUACACUCUUGGGUCCGCCUUAUGGUUGCCUUAAGUAACAGCAACAACUGCAGCUACAGUGCGUAGUUGUUGUGUAGAGAAUUUAAUGAUACACCCCCAAAAAACAAACAUAAGGUGAUUUUGGCAUUUCAGCUGUGCAGUAUGUUUGCAUGUGUUUAGGAAGAUACGCAGAUUAUUGUACCAUAUUUUUCUAACUGUCAACAGAAUAUGGUUCUAAUUAUACUGUUCAUUGUGGACAAAACACUAAGGAUUCCAGAGUAUUCUCUGCAAAGAAGUAUUUUUGUACUAAAGUGCUGAUAUAGUGCCAAAAUUACUCUUACGCUGAGCUGUAGUUAAAUAUCACAGUGGAAUGGAUGUAACAAGAAAUUAGUGUGAUGUGUUUCUAUUUCUAACCAAAUAUCAGUAACUAAUACAAAAUGGUCCAAAAUGGUCCUAUUAAUGUUAUGUCAAUCAAAUUCUUAGACUUUUCUCAAAGUCUCAGUGAUGUAGAGCAUAAUGUACCUCAAGUCACAAUCAGUUAUAGCACUACGUUUUUGAUUGCAGUUGUUUACAUUUUACUGUGUUUAUCUGUAACUUAGGUACAGCUUUGAAUAACUGAUCGGUCAGCCUAAGAGUGAAGAAGUUUCAGUACCCAUGUAUUCAGAAUUCACCAUAUUUAUGGGAUUUCAAACACUAAAAAUGGUCCAUGAUUUGGGUUUUGCUUCGUCUUCUGCAGUAUCUGAUUAAUUUCUAAUUUGUACUUAUAAUUCUGCUUCUAUUUGAUGGGGUGGAAAAAAGGAGAAGGAGUGGGACCAGAAGGGUGAAAAGACUAAUAGCUCAUUGCUCUCUGAAUGUACAAACAGCUGACCACCAGAUAGUUUGCUUGGGUAUGCCUGAAUAUGCAAGAAUAUUCAGACUCUUCCCACUACAUAAAGGUACUCCAAAAAGUCCACCAAACUAAUACAGCUUCCUGAGAACUAUAUGUUAUUGCCUUCUCUGCAUUAAGGCUUUUGAGUUUUUUUUUUUCCCCAAAACUCAAUUUAUGGAAGACGCCAGUUUACCAAGCACAAUUAAAUAUGUGGUGAUGUGGAAAAGUCUUAAAUCUUUGAAAUUAUGAUAAUUUCUGUAUUAAUAGUUAUAAUUCUAAGUAUUUUAUAUGGAAUUAAAUUACAUAGGAUAUCUGGGAAUACACGUGCAUGCAUGUUUUUCGUCUCUAAAAAGAUUAUCAUAUCUUAGUUUAAAGCUUUUCCCCACAUUCAAAUGAACUUUGUUCUCUAGAAGUUCAGAUGGGACUGAAUUCAUUCAUUAUUUCACUACUCAGUCACAUUCCAACAGGUGCUUCAGAUGUGUUCUACUUAUUCCAUUGGUACUGAGAGUGUAUCACAUUUCAGGAGUUCUCACUUGGUUGUAUGUAAACAAAGCUGUUUGGUUAAAAAAAAAAAAAAAAAAGUGGAAUUGUGCAUGCAAGCCUAUUUUCCCCCAUGUCAGUGAACUAACCACGGUUGCAAUGCCACGAUGCCUUUUCCAUGUUUACAUUCUCCACCAGUGACGACCAGUAAGCAUUUCAGUCUCCACUCUUGCUGCUUGUUUGAAAUUGCCUGCACAGUAAAUCUUUAAAUAUUUUUCUCCUCAAGCUUUCUCUUAUUUGUAACAUUGUGUUUUACUUUGCCUUUUUGCUUUUUGAAUGAAUGGAUUUAGCGCACUUUAUCAUGAAAGAUGGCAUAUAAUCUUAAAGAACCAUAAGUGAAAACUAACCGUACGUAUGUGCUGUCACUCAGGUGUUGUAAUAAUCUUUAUGUCUUACCGUUGCUCGAGUUUUUUCACACAUAAAACAGUCUGAAACAUUUAGGUAGACGAACCAACGCGUGUAUGCUUUCAGUCAGACAACAACAACAAAAUGUUGGAUUUUAGUUUUAAUUGAAGUGUGCCACACUGCAGUGCACCUGAUGUUAUGUUUUGGGGGGAGGAGUCCAUGGUAAUCUGACAUAAAUAAAACUUCACUUUUUUUUUC